UAACCGUAUUUAAGGCCACGUGCCAUAUUUUACUUUAGAGUGAAAAAUAUAAAUAUAUACUCUAUGUGGACACCAAAAAAUUUGUCCCCUAACAAAAAUAGAGCAUAGGUUGUCAUAAUUGCAGUGAACGACGUGGGCUGUUAAUUGAUGUUUUCAUAUGGCUUUUUGAAGGUGGUGUGGAGUAUAAAAUUACUAAGUGGAUAUAGCAACAUGUAUAAAAAAGAAAAUUUUGCUGGAAAGGUUGAAUCAAGGGAAUGAAAAUGAAUAAAUACCUGGUUGGUAGGGCUAAUAUAAUCAUGACUAUGACAUUAAUUAUUAUUUAACUAAAUUUAUUUGUCAUAGGAUCACUUAACUAAAUCUCUAUAAAGCUUACAAAAGAAAACAUAUAUCAGGCAUCAGCCACCACCAACAUGGCUGUGUUUUGAUGGCUUAUUAUUUGAGUUCCUAGUUCCCGUUGCGAAGUAUGGGUUCCUUCCAUUUUCUGUUUUUACUUCCCAUAUUCUUUUCCCUCUUUGUUCAUUGCUCUCCAUCUCCCAUCAUACAAGCUGCUAUUGAUAAAGGGACACAUGCUUACUAUAACUGCACAAGGAACAGCACUUCUGCAACCUAUAACGCUUACCGUUCCAACAUCAAAACACUCCUUGAUUUGCUCUCCUCCAAAAGUAGUAACAAUGCUAGAUACUACAACGCCACAGUUGUAAGCGAUAACACUGUUGACACCGUCUACGGUCUCUUCCUUUGUAGUAGAUACCUUGACCCAAAAAUCUGUCAAUCGUGCGUGAUAGAAGCAGCCAAACUCAUAUCAUCUCUGUGCACCACAGCAAAAGAAGCCAUAGUUUGGUACACAGUAUGCUAUGUGCGAUAUUCUGAUAAUAACUUCUUUUCCACUGUGGAGAAAACUCCAGAAAUUUCUUUCAUGAAUGAUAAGGAUUAUGUCGGUCAGGUUGGGCGCUUCAACAACAUCCUGUGGGAUAUGUUGAACAAUUUGAGAAUAGAAGCAGCAAAUGCUUCUGCGAAGUUGGCUGACAAGUCAGCGAACCUCACAGAAAACCAAAAACUAUAUGGCUCUGUUUGGUGCCUCCCAUACCUAUCUGCAGAGAACUGCAGCUGGUGUCUUAGUGAUGCAAUAGCAGAAGUUCCAACCAGUUGCUGCAGAGGAAAAUCUGGAGGCUCAAUAUUUUAUCCCAGUUGCGGUCUUAGAUUUGAAUUAUAUCCAUUCCACAAGACACACGGCGAUAUUUCUUGGGUGCCAUCUCCACCCACAAGUCCACGGCCAUUAGCUCCACCAGGAAAUGGAAAACAGAAGACACUAACAAUAUUUGAGAUCGUUGUUCCAAUUGUUGUCUCACUGGUGCUUUUAGUCUUGGGAUGCUGUUUCUUUCUAUAUAGAAAAGAAAGAACGAAUCAGCAUGAUAUUCUCAAAGAAAGCUUUGGGAAUGAAAGUACCACUUUGGAGUCCUUGCAAUUUGACUUUGCCAAAAUUGAAGCAGCAACAAACAGAUUUGCUGCAGAAAACAGGAUAGGCAAAGGUGGAUUUGGAGAAGUCUACAAGGGAAUUCUUUCAGAUGGACAAGAAAUUGCUGUGAAGAGGCUUACAAGAAGCUCUGUACAAGGUGCAGUAGAGUUUAAAAAUGAGGUUCAAGUUAUAGCUAAGCUUCAACACAGAAAUCUAGUGAGAUUACUAGGAUUUUGUUUGGAAGAUGAAGAAAAGAUACUUAUCUAUGAGUAUGUGCCAAACAAGAGUCUUGAUUACUUUUUAUUUGAUCCCCAGAAGCGAAAAUUAUUAUCUUGGUCUCAACGUCAGAAUAUCAUCAAAGGAAUUGCCCGUGGAAUUCUUUAUCUCCAUGAAGAUUCUCGUCUCAAAAUAAUACAUCGUGAUCUGAAACCUAGCAAUGUCUUGUUAGAUAGUAAUAUGAAUCCAAAAAUAUCAGAUUUUGGCAUGGCUAGAAUUGUAUCAAUAGAUCAAAUUGAAGAAAGUACAUGCACGAUUGUAGGGACAUAUGGCUAUAUAUCUCCAGAAUACGCAAUGCACGGAUACUUUUCUGUAAAAUCCGAUGUGUAUAGUUUCGGUAUCAUGGUUCUAGAGAUUAUUAGUGGAAAGAGGAAAGGUUGUUCUUCUGAAUUAGAGCGUGUUGAUGAUAUCCGGAGAUAUGCUUGGAUAAAAUGGGCAGAGCAAACACCACUUGAACUAUUGGAUCCUAAUAUGGAAGGAAGUUAUUCCCAAGAAGAAGUCAUCAAGUACAUCCACAUUGGUUUGUUAUGUGUCCAGGAAAAUCCAGAUGACAGACCUACAAUGGCAACAAUUGCAUUCUACCUCAACAGCCCUUCAAUCAACUUGCCAUCCCCUCUUGAACCACCGUAUUUUAAGCGUAGUGGAAUUGAAGAAAACAUGGUCUCCAACAACGCAUUGGAUAGUAAUAGUAUCAGUGAUUCAAUCAACGGACUCUCUGUUACUAAGUUCUUUCCUCGUUAAGAUGUGGGUGAAAACAUUCUUCUUUGUUUGUAUCAGUAUUAUUAUAUCUUGUCACAUAAUGACUAUAAACCACAUAAUUUAACCAUCUGAAUACAAUUGGAAUAAAUUUUCCCAGUGUUUCAAAAUAGUCAAACAGACAAUGUUAAAUUAUUAUAGCAAAAUCUGUGUGCACAUUUUACAUAGACAUUUUAUCAAACAGUUGUGGGGUGUAAAAUAUGGUUAGCAAAAUCGAACAAGAUUACUGCUGUAAUAUGUAGGGAUUAUCUUGAUGUUAGAAUUGAUUGAGAAGUCACCUGGGCGCAUGGCGCAUAGUAAACAAUCUGGAGACAAUAUGAAUUCCAUGCAUGAUGGGUGGUUGAGGAGUGAGAGAUGAAUUUGCAAGAGUAUAUGUAUUCUUUGAAAAUCGCAACUAUGAAGCUCUUUUGAAUCAAGUUCUCUUUCCCACUCUUUUGCACUUUGAUUGUAUGAGAGUUUAAUGGGACGAUUCGGUGUAAUACAUAUUUUCUUCAUGUUAUACAAUUCAACUGAGGUGUAAUGGGACGAUUCGGUGUAAUACAUAUUUGCUAUUGAAUAACAGUGUAAAAUCUGUACAUAUACUAUUUUCUCGUUUUUAUUUUGAUACUCUUUUCUUUAUACACUCCUCUCAUCUUCAUCUUUCCUUCUUUUCUUUUUUUAAAUUAUUUUUUGUAUUCUGCUUUCCAUAAAAAG